CGGGACCGGGGCCGGGCUGUCCCGGGGCCGGGAAUGGCCGGGGAGCAGGUGAGGGCACUGAAGUGUCCCUUGCUGACUUGUGCCUAACCCUGGCCUUGCCACCGCCCGCUUCAGUGCGGCAGCGAGGGGCCCCGAGCAGAGUGCCCCGAGCAGCGGGUGCCGAGCCAGGGCUGCCGGGGGCGAUGCCGAGGCGGAGGGGGAGGCGGGUCCCUCUCGGCAGCCCCCCGGCAGUAGCCCUUCUCCUCCCUCCCGGCUCCUCUUCUCUCGCCGAGAACUCUCGAGCAUCAGUUGUUCUUUUUAUUGGUUACAGCUCUCCUCAUCCUUCCAACUUCGACAGGUGAUCAGAGCAUCGUGGCUGUUUUAGGUACCUACUUAGGAUCUAACUGCUUUUAAGAAAUUGAUGAACUUUGUUUGGAAUAGCUCACAUUGUUAUUCUCUGUUUGUGUGUAUUCCUUAUAUCAUGGAUAUCCAUGUAGUAGAAAUUUCUUACAUAAGUUAGGAGCUGUUAUUGCCAUCAGUUUAAAAUGUCACAUUGAUCUUUGAAUGUGCAAACCUUUACAUGAAAAGAUUUCUAUUGGAAUUCAGUCCACUGAAAAUGUUUGAAGCAUUUUAAUGACUUUGUUCUGAGAUCUGACAGCUGCUAGUUGAAAGAAAUGUCAGUAGAAACUUGAUGGAAGAUAAGAUAUUUAAAUAGUUUUGUAUUUUUAGUAUAGUUGCUUUUAAAUGAGAAGCAGUUGCACUCAUGCAUGAAAUUCAGAAUUUAAUAAUAAAUUAUGUCUCAGGAGUUUUCCCUUAUUUUGGCUUUUAAAAAUGCAAAAUGUAGCACUUGACAGCUUUUGUUACCAUUUCUUAAGUAUAACUGGUACUAGAGAGAGGAAUAGAGGAAUUUCUUUGGGCAAUAGGGUGAUUAAAUUUAUGUCUUUUAAUGUAUAAAACUACACCAAAGCAUAAGCUGUUCUUUGAGAAUGCAAUUCUUUUUUUUUGUUUGUUUGUUUUUUGUAUUUAAGCUAUACUGUUUUUCCAGUAUUUCAAAGCAAAGUAGAGCUGCAUUAUGGAACUCUAUAGAGAUAUAAUUUUAUAAAAAAACCCAGUUUUGUAGCCAUAGAAAUACUAAUGUAAAGUCAAAGUAUUUAGAUGCUGUUAGCUGAACAUAAUAUAACUAGAUGAGAAAGUACAAAAAUAAAUUAUGUGUAAGAAUUACAGAUUGUACCCAAGAUCUUACAAAAGAAAUUACUUGGCUAAAUCCUAGUAUUUACAGAUGGAUAUUUCCAUGUCUGUAAUGUUGUGAUUCUGUAAAUAUAAUUUUCACGCAGUGCAGUCUUAUCUUACCUGCAGUUGCUAUUGACAAACACCAGGUCAAAGAACAAAAUAUUUUCUUGGAAAACACAUUACUUUAGGUAAGACCUCUUUUAAUUUACAAAAUUGCUUUCAAUUAAAAGGUUUCUUGGCUUCAUUGUAGUGUAAAAUAACUUAUUUAUGUUGCUUCCCACAAUUUCACCUUGCAUAGUGUCCUUCAGCUCUGUCACUUGCUCUUAUUGGAGUUGACAUCAUGUAGUAAGUUUAGCACUAAUGUAAAUAAGAUUAGUGUAAGUUAAUGCCACUUAGUACUGUUGAAGAAAUCUCCAGCAUCAGCCAUGUGAAAGUAACUGAUCCUUGUUUAAAAAUGUUUCAUUUUAAAUACAAAUGAUGAACAUGUGAAAUCACAAAAAAAUAAACAGGUGUAUGUGUGGCUGUAUGUAUAGUUGUGAAUGCAUGUAUGUGGAUAUAUGCUUUUCUGUCUUUAUGUAUAUGCUUUUCUGUUGGAAAGAAACAUUAGAGCAGAUAUUACUGUUUUUUUAAAGUUGCCAAAAUCUAUAACAGGACUCUUAAAUAGGAGCAUACCUUAAUAUAUCUUUAAUUUUAACCAGAUAAUGUAAUUUUUUAAAAUUUCUGAAAAAGAGUAAUCAAUGUGAAUUGUAUGAAGAGAGAAGACAAAUAUUUGUGACUGUUUUCACAAGUUACACAUUUUGUUCCUGUCUGUUUGUGUUUGGUUCAGUCUGUUUGUGCUUGAUUCACACUGUUUGUGCUUGGGUCGUGUUUUUGGUUUGCUGUUGUUUCUCUGUUUUCUGUGGUUGCAUACAGGCAAUGGUGGUUUUGUAUGCAUGGAUGCCUUGGUGAAGGAGCAAAUGCACAGAUCUAUGUGAGAACAAAUGUGCUAGCACAAAUUGCUGUGGUCAGGGCUGCUGUUUAUGUGAAUCAAGGAUUUUGCUGAAAGUAGGUACACACAUCUGUGUGACAAGUAACUUUCUUACACUCUGUGACAGAUGAAUAGUUGCCUUCUUUAUUCCCUCUGUCAUGGAAUAACAUUUGCUUUCUGUUCUGCAUGUCCCCUGUAAAAUUCAAACUUCCUGUGAUAUUUUGGGGCAUUAUGUCAAUUGCUGAAUGGUGAACAAUGCCAGAGCAGCAGGUGCAGAAACCAGACCAAGUCUAUGAGGUGACCACCAGCACAGUGCAGGCCUAGAAUAGGAAAUACUUUGAGCUCUGAACUGAAAUAUAUCCAUAGAGUGUAUGGCAUGUACAGCUGUAUAAACAGCUGAAAUUAUUUAUUUGUAACAUUUACAGUCUGAUAAUCCUCAACCCUGGCUGAAGAAUUAAAACAUGCUCCCUUUAUCCUACAGAAGCCCAAUUUUUUCCUUUAUCCCACAGAAACCCUGUUUUUUAGGUCUUAGGCCUUGAAACCACAGGAGUGAAGUGGUGGAUAACCAUACUGCUUCAUAAAAUAGAACAUCUGUAAGCCAGUGAAGAGUCAGCCCUUCACACAAAAAUAAAGUCUUUGAAAGGCAGUAGACUACGGAGCUGUAGUCAUCCCCUCUUCAUCCACAGGUGGAUUGUCUGAUUUAUGAAAGACUUGUACAACCCAGUACCAUCCAACAGGGUCCAUUAGAUUAGAUGCAGUGCCAGACAGAAGCGUUCAUUCUGUCCUUGGGACCAACCCAGCUGGAAAGGAAUAUUGACAUUUUAUGCAUCAUGAAGCCAAAUUCCUAGACACAGUCUAUUUGAACCGCUGGGAUUGCAGAAAAUAAAUGUAUUUCAUGCUUUCCAAUGGAUCCAGCAUGGUAUUACUGUUGCUCAUUGUCCAGUUUGAGAUAUCAAGAGUUCUCCCAGUGCCUGCGCUGAUUUCUUGUAUUUGAGCACUGGAAGGGAUGGAACAGAGACCUCAGUGGCCCUGUUGUUUGUGUCCUGCCAGACUGAAAACCUCCAGCUAAAUCAAGGAAGGCUUCAUGUGCAACUGUGCAGAUACUGUUGCAUCACGCAUGCCAACAAGAGAGUAUUAACCAGGCUUUCCAGCUGUGUGGGAUAGCCCAUUCCUUUCCUACCUACCACAUUUUUUGCCAUGGAAGAGAGUGGAGGUAGAAAUAGGGGUUCAAUGUGGAAAUUCUGAAAACCAUAGGGAAGUUUGGUGCUGAGUUGCCAUUUGAGAGCCAGUGGGGUGAGAGUACGUGACUCUGCUGGGACUUCUUCAAAUCUCAGUUUUUUUCUCAUCAAACUAGAUGUGAUGCUCAGUCUCAGGCAUUUUGUUCCUGGACAUCAGGUGAAGACGCAAGGUAAUUGCAUCCUUGUGGUGGUCUUGGAGACGUGACUUAAUCUUCACCUGCUUUGGAGAGGGAGGUCUGCGUGUCUGUGUGGCAGCUACCAUGCGUCAGGAGAGAGGCCACUUCAACUUUCCCUAGUCUCAGAGAAAAUAAGAAGAAACCUGAAAGCUUUUCUUUUAAUUUCCACUUCCAAAUGGUUCCUGUAUGUCACAAGACUUGUUUAAAGCAAAUGUGGAGCAUGAGAUGAUGGAAGACAAUCUGAAGACCACAGAGCCUUAAAAUAGUAAGAAUUGGAGAAGUGCUCCCUGAAGAUGUCAUGAUGAUACAAUAAAAAAGUGGUUUAUAAUGGAACUUACAUCUUUGCCUAAAUUCCUUUGGACAAGUGACAACAAGCUUCUGCAUCACCAUUUUCCGGACAUACUGGCUACUGUUCAUACCACACAAGACAUCCCUGAAGAAGUUGUUUUUGGACCAUGCAUGCUCCAGAACACCCUGCUGGACACUGUGGCUUUCAUUGCUCUCAAGUGUUCCGAUAGACGGACCAUCCACUAUGUAUUUAAGGUAGAUGUUACAUCUGUGUACAGUCCCACAGGACUGCCUUGGAUGAGACUUGUACAAGCAGCUGCCAAUAGCAAGGAGCAGAACUUGGAAGCUUACUUAGAAAACAGUCAGUUAUACUAUCGCUCCACCAGGAAAAUCAAUAAAAAUGAGGAACUGCUUGUCUGGUAUGAUGAGGAGCUUUCCAGCCUCUUGGGUUUCAAUGAGAUAAAAGCUCAGAGUCCCCAGAAUGAGUUGAGAUGCCAAGAAUGCGACCGAGUCUUUAAAUGUGAGCAUUCCUAUCUGUCCCAUGUCCGCUUCCUCUGUGUCCCAGAGAAGAACGCUCUGCUGUGGAGAAACUUCCAGAAUCCUAAAACUGAAAAGAGCAACCUAGCUGAGCAGACCACGAAUUUCCACAGUCUGGCAAGGGACCUGGAAGUCAAAAUGGCAGCUUGUAAAGAUGAUGCACAUGGUCUUAUUGGAGAAAGGAGAGCAAAAUCUGAAGAGGCUGAGAACAACAGGAGCAGGAAAACAGUGUUGUUGGAGAAAACCAAUAAUUUGACUGAGGAACGUAACUGUGGGGGCAAGGAGGAGGUUGUGGGAGAGCAUGCAUUGGCUGGUUCUUUCUGGAAGCUUAGUUCAGGGAGGCAGUCAGCUAGGAAGGAUGCUUUGGAGCAGAAGCAGAGUGCUUUCACUGAGGUCAGGAGGAUGAAAGAGAAGCUGAGGAAUGAGAGACUGCAGGAGCCAGAACAGGAGGAUGGCACAGUCCCACUUGGUAAAGAGCAGGUAUCAAAGGAGGUGUUGCUAAACUCCUCUGGCAGUGCAUUCUCCUUUGUUUGGCCCACCAGAGCUCGAGGAGAACAGAAGAGUGCUUUCAGCAAACCCAAUAAGUGUGUAAUAGAAAGAGCUGCAGUAAAUUCUUCUCAUCCCAUGAGUGAGUCAGCAAAGAGCCUGGGGGAGCUGUCUGGCUUCAUUGCCACCACAGACAUCAUGUGCUGCAGCACUCUUCUCAAUUCCAAGUUCUUUGUCAGUGAUUUGUGUAAUGCUCAGAUGCUGCAGACAAGCAUCACUCAGAGCAAUGUUUUCCCAUAUACCUCAGAACCGUGGCCCAAGCAAGCAGGAGGACAGCUACAAAACACAACCACCACUUCCUCUUCCUCCUCCUCCUCCUCCUCCUCCUCUUCCUCUUCCUUGACUCUUCUUCCCCCCACCUUCACAUCUUUUGGAGUGGCUGCCCAGAACUGGUGUGCCAAAUGCAACCUGUCCUUUCGCAUGACAUCUGAUUUAGUCUUCCACAUGCGGUCACAUCACAAAAAAGAAUACUCCUCAACUGAAUCUCAGUGCAAGAGGAGACGAGAGGAGAAGCUGACGUGUCCCAUUUGCCAUGAGUACUUCCGAGAACGCCAUCAUUUAUCCCGGCACAUGACUUCUCAUAAUUAGAGUGCACACAGAUGUCACCAAGGGACUGGGCAGGUUGGAUCAAGAAGGGAAUGAUAGUUCACUUAUAUCCAUUUCCUUUUGAGUUUACAUUAAUUUCUUUCAGGAAAUCACUGUUUACAAUAAUUUAUAAUAGAUGCUUUGCGAAAAAAAUAUAAAAUGUUUACAAGAGUCUGAGUGAGUUUUAACUUUUGAAAACUCAACCUAGCCCUUGUCAACCUAUUUUUGAGGAAAUAAAAUAGUGAAAUGAAUCCACAUGCAGUGUUAAUUUGCAGAGUAGGGAACAAAAUUAUAGUUAUGCAAACAGAGCUUUCUUUGCUUAUAUUUGAUUUGCUGGUGUCUGUGCAGUACAAUGUAAAUACAGAAAUAACAACCACCUCAUUGAAUGAGGAACAUUUAAGCACUAAAAAAAUCAGAGCUUUUAUGCUAAAAGAAAAUAAGUUACUAUUUUUAGCAGCAUUGGUGGACUCUUACUCCUUUAUGCUAGCUGAAUCAGCUCUUUUACCAAAUUUUUGAGUUAAAAACUGACAUCUUACCAUCUCCUUGGCUUUGAAAGGGACCUGAAUUUAAGAGUGUUUCAAAUUUAUGAUUGUCAACAACUGACCAGCAGACUGCCAAAGAGGAUGGGACUUGUAAAGCAGAAUAUCCAAAUUCUGUUCUAGGCUCUGCUGCUUUUGAAAUAUCUUUUACACAGUGAAAUCAACCUGGGUCUGUAUCAAAAUGUGACCUGUUGUCAACCUUAUUGUGUAGACAGGAAGCAAAUAUUCUAACAUCUGUGUGACUUCAGUAGGCAUACAGAUCUGAUGGGAGUAGAGUUUAGCCUGCGGUUUUCAGGUUUUGGAUAUACCAAAGGAAGCAGUUAGGGUAUCUGAGUUACAAUUAGCUACUGGUAGAUAGAAUCUGCACACUAAUUCUGGAUGAUAGGCUCUAUUCUGGUAACUGCUAGAAGAGGAAUGGCCUUCACAAAAUUAUACAUGAAUUGCACUGCAUUACACCAGCCUGUCUAUCCUCUGGUUCCUACAUGGGCCAAUUACAACUUUUUAAAAAAGAAAGUGGCAUAUUCUUUCUCUUGUCUGUCCAUGAGACAUUUUUCUCAUCUACUUCAUUUUGAGUUUUGCUGAGUCUCAGCAGCAGAUAAAUUUAUACUGCUCUGGAUGGUAGGAAACACUGUCUGUUGGUACUGGAGCCCAACUAAUUAGCCUUUCACUACUUUUAAAAUCUAUUUAGGGGCUAGAUUUUGAUGCUUUAUGACAAUAUGUUCUUCAAGCAAUCAUUUCUCCUGCUCUUGUAUAGGAUUUUUUCAGGUUGUCUGAUGUUUUUGUGGCACAUCUGUGAACCUCACCUGCCUCAUCAAAGGCUAUUACUCCCUUUCAGACAGAGAAUGAUCAGAAACCAUUCAUUUCCCAGCUGAGACUAAAGGACAUUUCAGUAUAUUCUCUGUGUUCCACCAUACUGAUGAUACACUCCACUGGUUUUUGUAUACUGGACAGAGUUUUGAGUUACUUUGACGAUGCCUAGCUUGAUAAUGAAAAUAUCAGCAAGUAAACACAUCUGAACAAUAAAAGAGAGACUGACAGUCUUAGGCUGUCAGUUGAAACCAACAUAUUACACUAAUUUUUAUCUCUUGGGAGAUUUCUAUAAGUCAGGAGAUUGUAUUCUUCCCAGUAUAUUGCUGUUGAACAUUAACACAUGGCUGUUCCCUAUUAAUAUAAAUCACUGGCUAUGAACCCCAGCUUUAUUUUUGAAACACAAAGUGAUAAAACUGUUACAUUAUGUCUUUGAGUUCAGAAGACAGUUCUGGUUGGAUUGUAACACAGCUUUCCAAGGUCAGUGGCGGAAGCUCUUUCACUCGAGUCAUUAAAAACCAAAAUGAACAAAGACUUUGAAACAUGGAGCACAGGGAACAACCUUGCAUUGCGUAGGGGAUGAUGUGGUUUCCUUGUAAUCUUUCCAUCUGUGUUUUGUGUCCAAUAACAUUUACUAUGUAAGGAAUAUAUUUAUGGCAAAGUUUAAUGGGCCAAAUUUCACUCCACCUGGGUGCCAGCCAGUUUACUGUGAAGUCAGUGUCCAUAAAGUGUAAUGAAGGACUCUGUGGUGUAACUGCAUUCAUAUGUGGUCAGGGUUAUAUUUCCUAUUAGCAGUUUAGGCCAGAUUGUGAUCUCAUUUAUUCCAGUGCAAAUCCAAAAUAAUUCCAUGUUGCUACUCCUGAUUUACAUUAAUGACUUUAAGAUCAGCCUGGCCAAGUAUAAAUAAGACUAAAGAUUUUUUGGUACCAUUACUGCAAAAUGUUCUCUUCUGUACUUACUGAAAGAUGCCAUGUUUUCUUAACAGUUUUAUGAUUAGAAACCUAGCUUCAGAUUUCUUCUGGAAGAAGACAGGACCAGCUGUAUAAUGCUCCCCAGUAUUAUUUUGGCACAUCCUUUCAGCAUUACCCUGCUCCAAAUGCCUAUUUUUCCAGUGUACUACACCUGGUAUAUAAUUUAGAUUGGAAUGAAGCAGCACCAAAUCUUACUGGUUACAUUGUUUCAAUGAUUUUGUGUUGGACAAAGUGUAGAAAAUCAACCACUGAAAAACAGAUGCUAAGUCUCAAAACCUCUUCAAAUGGUGUGUUAGACCUACCUCCUUAGAGUUCUCACCGGUAAUCAAACUUCAUCACUUUGCUUAUGGUAUGAGGCUAAGCAAGCAGCAAGGUUACAGGGAGAGAUAGCCUCCCUUUAUGUCAUGGACUUGCUUUCUUUGGGUAAAAAGAAAAGGUAAGAACUCUUACCCAGUUUCCUUGUGGCCCUAUCUCAGCCACAGCAAUUCAUAUACUGUGAUGCUGAGCAAUGUAGGAAUGCCUUCUGUGCACAGAAAGGCAAGAGGACCAGUUAUGAAAAGUGGCAGAGCUGAUUCAAAACGCAAAAAUGAGGGGAGGUUUUUAAUAAGCUUUAUUUCUGAUACUUUCCUCACCUCCUCCAGCUCAGAGGCAGUGCAUUUUGGUCCUGGUAUGUAAAGAUUGAGGAUUUCCCCCUUGUUGCAGGCAGUGUGGGCAAUACUGCCCUUCUUUUUUUGGUAGGUGGCCAUCAGUAUAAAGAUUACAUUAACAAUUUGCUUCUUAUUCUGAGGUAAAGGGUUUUGUGAACUAAGACUUAUUUAGACACACAGCAGACCAUUUACACACACAGCACAACAGUAUGACAACUUUUUGCCUGCUGCAUCUGUGCUGGUAUCAGUGCAAAACCACACAGAUGCCAACAGAACCAGAACUUGGUUCCUGUGUGUAAAACCAGCUCUUGUGUAAAGCUCCUUGUGCAGGCACAGUGAAAGUCUUUUAUGUGUCUCAAGUUUAACUGAGUGUCUCAUCUAAACUAGGUUACAUAAACCAGGGGGCUUAUCCAAAAUUUUUACAGAUUUUAUUUCUUAAAAUGAAAAUAUUCGUAUUAAAGCUGAGUGAACCAAAUAUUGAACAGGCAGAAGGAAGCCUAACGAGACAAAGAAAAACAAACUUCCUGUAAUUGAGUCAUGCUGGAAGCUUAUUUCCCCUUAUGUCUAGAAGUCUGAAAAUUUAAAUUGGUGCAGAUGAAAUCCUGCUGGAAGGAAAGCACUCACUAAGGCAGGGGGUUUGUGAAGAAAUGAAGGACUGCAUUCUGUACCUGUGAAAUACUGUAAUUUUACAGCAGGGAUCUCUGUCUUUUCUACAAGUAGAAAUGCUAGGGAGGGCAGGGAAAUGAUUUUGUUUUUAAAACAGGAGGAGAAAAUUUGUAGCGAGCUGACCGGUUCUUUUCCUGUCUUUGCUAGCAACUAACUGUUCAGUUUGAUCAUACAACAGUUUCUCAUGACGUGUUUCUGGAUCAGUGAAAAAGGACACAACACAAUGCUGUCAAGCUUAGCUGUGCAGGCUGUGUUUCUGUAAUGGAUAAUAAGUUUAUCAAUAGGAAAUGCCAGAUUAGGAUAUUUGUAGACUCACUGAUCAUUGAUACCUGAACUUUUUCUGAUGAAGAUGUGUUUCUCCAUCGAAAUGACACUCAGAUGUGCUUUUGAGAAAUAUAUAUUUACUUGUUUUUUAUGAGGUAAUUUUUCACUAAUCUAGGCAGCCUGUAUCCUAGAUCCUAGCCUAGAUCCACUUCCUUGGAUCUACAGAGCACAGUUUGGAAAUCACUGGACUAAGGUAGCACAAAAGAAAUAAAAGCCGGCUGUCAUUUCUUGGUUAGUUGUAUGAAUGCUACAAGGAGAAAGAUGAUACUGCUAGGUAGUCUGAUACAACAACUCCUUUCUUCCUGCCUUUAAAAGAAGCAUGAUUAGGAUUAAAAUUCAGGAAGUUAUUCUAGGUGGGAUGAUAAGGAAAUUGUGCUAUAAACUGUAGAAUGUCCAUGUCAGCUCUGGAACCAGAUGAGAGAAAGGUGGCAGUUUCAUCGUAUUUCCUGUUUUGUUGUGGAAGGGCAUUUCUCAAAUUGCUUGUCCCUCCCUAAAAACCUUCUGUUUAACUUUCUCAUUUAAACCACAAACCAUGGAUUUUCCUUAGCUAAUUUUUGUUUGUGCUUUUGUGAUAUUCAGACCUUUCAAUGCAGUGUAAUUUUGUACACAAUUACUGUCUGUAGUUUUGUGAGGUCUAAACUCAUUGAGAUGGGCAUAACUAUGACAGAGCAGUUUGUGAAGACAGGAAAAAUUGCUUUUAACACACUGGCCUUUGUUAAGCCUGGCAGUUUCCAUAUUAAUUAGCCAGUACAAUGAAAUAGUAAAUAAUAUUUUGCCAAGUAAUAAAAUUUCUCAAGGUUGCACAAUAGUUUUCCAAUGAAAUCAAUCACUGUAGUAAAUUAACAGCACUAUUGAUUUAAAAUGGUCUCACCUGCAAUUGCGUCUUCAUUGUUUGUUUUUCCAACUGGAUUCCAAUUUCUAGACAUCUUUAUUAUACAUAUGUAUUUCCCAUAUUACUAUGGGAAAAAUUUAUUUGCUAUUUGUGCCCAUAUGGUGUAGCUUUUUUGUCCUUGAAUGGAUGGCUAAAUUUUCUAAAUAUUGGGCUUAACAAUUAACAUUGUUUGUACAUGACAGCACAACUGAUUGUUUUUAGGAAAACAAAGCCGUUUAUCUGGAUUGAGAUAUUAAAGAGGCUUAAAAGACAUUACAAGAAAUACAUUAGUGUUGUUUACUCAUUCAUUGACUACUCCAUUUUUUUCCAUAAUAAGAAUAUUUAAUAUUCUUCAUACAUAUAUCACUUUACACAAAAUUCUGUAUGGGUUUUAAUUCAUUAAAAUAUUUUCCACAACACUGAGAAGUUUAACAAUAAGGUAGUGCAUAAAAAUCAGAACAUGAAAAUGACUCAAAAGAGUCCAGGUUAGAGAUCACACUGAGUGUAGUUGAUAAGACAAAUAAGUAACAAAAAAGAUGGAAAAUCUAUUUAGUUCUUAAAAUUUUCUUCCUGUAAAAGCUUGAAGUCAAGUGUUUAACACACUUAAUAAAAGAAAAAUGGCAGGAACUUACAAAUGAGCAAAUGAACACCAAUGUGUAACUACUCUCGAUUCUAACUGAAUUUUGGGAGACCAUUUCCUUAAUUUAAUUACCUUACAGCUGGCAUUCUGUAGAGAUGAGAAAAUCUGAGAUCUAGAUUAGAGUUACACAUAUUUUUAAAUCAUUUGGAAGAUAGAUGUUUAACUAAGAAUUGUAGGAAAGAUAAGGAAUGUUGUGCAUUAAGCUCAUGUCAAUUAUCUCUGUUAGUUGUCCUGGAAUACACUAUUACAUAAUAUGUAGCUUGAUAGCAGGGUGAAAAGGAUAUUUUUCAGGUUUGUGUUUUAUUUUUUUUUCUUCUGUCUUUGGGGCAGGACACAGCAAUCUAAUAUUAGCCUUAAGUGAAAACAUACGACUCUUUUCCUUGAGUCAGUUGAUCUGGGCACUGGGUAAAAGAGUCAAUGUACUGCCUUUGUCUUGCUCAUCCUCCCCUCUGACAGACACUGAGAGAAGCAGGCAUGUUCCUUUGAAAUACCAGGAGUCUGGGCAACCCUGACAGACUGGGAAUUUUUGGUUAUUUUUGGUACAUCUAAAUGAUGAGAUGGAGAAGAGACUUAAUUUAGCUCGUGUAGUUUGGAAAAUAGACUCUUCCAACUCCUGUUAGUUUUUAAAGAUGUUUAAAUAGGAAUGUACACAAUUUCCAAAGAAGAUGUGCCUUUUCUGUGUUUGAGCUUGUUCACACGCUUUCAAUAGUGACAACUGGGAUUUUCUAUGGGACCAAAGGAAAUCUGUGAUUGGUAGCUAAACCUUAAAAAACUGACACACUGAACAUUUAUGUUUGAUUACAGGAGAGGAAUCCUGAAACCCCAGUGAAUUAUUGAAGUAUUUCAACCACGCACAGAAAGAGCUGGGUUCCAAAGAAUGGGGAAAAAUAGCGGCAUGUUGAAAAUAAGUCACUGAGCUAUGUACAGGGACCCAAUCACUGACCAGAGAGACUGAAAUGAACCUCCCACUUGUUUCUAGGGCUUACAUUUAGGUAGCUAGCUUUCUGUUCAUAAGAACUAGGGGCAUAUUCCUCCACUGGACUAUCUAGAGCUGUGUAGGUGAGCAUUGAGCAUCUCCUUUGCUUUGACGAGUGCUGCUUCAGCUGGUGUUUCUAUGUGAGGGGGCACUCCUUUUCCUUCCCAAGAAGUGCUGUCUGCAGAGAUGACUGAUCUGGAGGUGGGGAUGAAGAUGUAGAAGUUGGUUUCAUCUACCUGAUACAUCUGUGGGGAAUGGCAGCCACCACUGGUCUGCUCCCCAAUGAUGAGAGCUCUGCCUAGUCUCUUCAUUAUGGAUACAAACUCUUCAGCAGCCCCAGCUGUCACAGCACUGGUAAGGAUUACCAGCCCCUUCUGAGAGCCGUACCUCUCCCCUGUAAGGUGGGAAAAAAACCAUCAGAAAUGAAUCAAUUUUCAGACAUUUGUUUGUAUAAUAGAGCAAAGAGAAGCCAAGAUAGAGGCUUCACUCCCUACCUGCUAUUAACAACCCAAGAAGUUUGGAAAUCUGCUUUGUAUCUAUGAUAGUAUUAAAAUACUUUUAACACGAGCCCAGACUCUAUGCUGUAAAAAAAGGCUGUCUCCCUAUGUGGUGCUCUUGUGCCAUCAGUUUCUGGUUAUGAGCUCCAUCAGGAGAGAAGCCAGCUCAUGAUUACUAUUGUUAGCUCUUUUGUGGCUUUGACUUUUACAGGAGCUCCAGAUCUCAUCAGAAUAGUGGAAUAGACAGGUGGGAAAAAUGACAUCUUCCACUCAUCCAGAAGCAUUUUCAGUUUCACCCUCAUCCCUGCUCUAGGAACAUGGCUGUCACAGAGCUUGGCCUUCAACUAUGCAGGCAUCAUUUUAUGAAAUCAGAAUUAUAGUGGUUUUCCACAGUUUUUUAUAGUCUGUAAGUGGAAGCUAUACAUGGCCUUUGUCCCAAACCCUUUGACACCCCUUUUUUAUUAGGAUCUGAGCCAAAUUAUCUCAUUUUCUCACAUAAAACAGCUGACAGGAAUAGGAAGGAUUUUGAACCUUAUUUUCAAUAUCUAUGAACAUGUUAGAUACUUUUUGAGAGGUUAGUUUCUUUGAAAAAGUGACCAGUAGGUAAUAGCUAGGACUUGAUAACUUGAAAACUAAACUGCUCUAAAAACGUCAUUCUAUAAGUAAGUAAUAGUAUGACUUAAAAUCCUCAUGCUAAAUUCUAAGAGAGGGGCCAAUAGCAUGGUAAUUAAUUUUCACACCAUUUUUGGUCUUCUCAUUUCACUAUAAACAUAAUAACCAUUAGAAGAUUCUUUUCACAGUAGAUAUAUAUAAUACAGGACCCGAUCCAGCUCCUUUGAAGUCAAUAUGAGUCUGCCCGUUCUCUUUGAUGGGAACUGGAAUGUGUCCAUAGAAAUCAUAUCCUUUAGCACAACCGACCUCUGACUGCCUGGGAAAAUAGAUGGACCCUGCAGACUGUGACAAAGUUUAACCAUUUCAGCAUGAUCCAGGCCAACAACUCCAGACACCAUUAACUUUUUUGCUACUGUCUUAGCUUAAGAGGGGAAAAUAAUUAAACCCGUGUUUAAGGGCUCUUAGAACUCUAACUGCAGUUUGUGAGCACUGAAGAGCUCUGUUUCUGCAUGUUGCAGCAUCCUUUCAACUUCCACAAAUAGUGGGGCAGGCUAUGUGUGGGGUGUGUGUCACAUUGCCAAAUGCUUUAAACUCACCCAGAUAUGCAAAAAUUAAUGUUUUUCUUUCUCGUCUCUGGACAAACUAGGGUGUUAAGGUGUUUUCAUCUACUGAUGUAGAGGAUUACACAGGUAGGUAUUAGGGAACAACAUAUAAAACUGUAUGGGAGUAUUGGAAGAGACAUUACUAGAACUCUAGGCAACACUGGAUUAAUUUUUAAUUUUGGCAACUUUUAAAAGCAACAAGUUACAGCUGCUGUACACAGUAUUUGGCUCAACUUCUGGGGACCAAUUUACAAACCUCUGUGCCUAACAUACCCCAUUCUUAGGAGUGAUAAACUGUUAUUUGUAGAUGGCAUUGAGGGACAUGGCUGAAAUGCACAUUUUUUGUUUCUACAUUCUCUACACAGAUUGAGCUGAUCAUGGCAGGUGCUUUCACCAAAUGAGUUACAGUAUUUAAUGGCUUGUUUAAAAUGCACAAGGAGAGACAUCUGAAAUGGAAAGCUACUCUGGAAAGAAACUGUCAUUUACCUUUGAGCUGUGGCUGGGUCCAUAUCUCCUUUACUGAGUCACUGGGUCUGUUGUAAACUUUGUCCAAGAGAAUUGGGUGUCCUUCAUCAAAGAAAUAUGAGCAUAGGAUUGCUAUGGGUGUAGUGGAGCCUCCAAUAUUGUACCUUUUCAAGAAUUAAAAAUAUUAAGGAAACAAGUGAAAAUUUGUGUCAGGCAGUAAAUCUUCCUUCCCAAGUAUUGUUCCAUAACAUCAGUCCCGAAAAGGCUUAUGGCUACAUUUUGAUACAUUUACAUUCAUUCUCCCCUAUCAGCAUUUGUGCUUCUAUCAGAUCAACAAAAUCCUGUCUAAGAGUGUUGGAGUUUUAUUGCCCACAACUGAUUUCAAAAGCAAAUACAAAACAUAAAAGUCUUAUUUUUUUCUUGAUGUUACGUAGGAAAAAUCAGAAAGUAAGCAAAGACUCUAAAUCUGCAGAGAAACAUCAUACUCUUGUUAUUUUACUCUGAGUAACCCAUUCUGUUCCUGGUGUCGGCAGCAAGGAGUGAAUACAUAAACCCUAAAACACAAAGUAGAUUCCAAUUAAAGCAACAUAUGUUUGUAGAACUGUUGUGUUCCUAUUUUUUGCUAUACAAAAUGGGAAAACUUAGAAGUUUAGAUAAGUCCAUCUUUUUUGUGUCUAAAGAUUGCGUUAGUCGCUUCAUUUAGCACAGUCGUAGUUGAAAACUUUGGUCAUUGUUUAAUUCCAUAGCAGUCUCUGAAGAUUAAUUUUACUGAAGAGCUUGUCAUUGGAGAACCCCUGCUAUGAAUACACAAAAUUAACUGCCAAAAUAUUUUUUCCUGUCACUUUUCACUAAUACUAGAGCACAUACAACUCUAGAAAUGUUUGUACUUUGCUUACUGAUAGAGUGUGGAUAUAGUACUUUCCUCUAGGUGAUGUUAGGAGUACCUAGCACAGACAUUCCAGCAAAAACCUGCUAGAAAAUGAGUUUAUUCAGUUCAAUCUAUAGCUAAGAUUUUGCACCUCUGGAAAAGGAUCUGACAGUCCCAGAGGCCUCUGUUCCGAAGAGUGAAGCUACAUCUUUAUUCUUCAGCAUUUGGGAGCUGCAUGAUUGACACUGUGAUUGGCUAGAAGUUAAAUAACCAUCUUCAGUGUGUCCCUGAUAGUGCUGUGCUGCCAGGAGGUGCUGCUGCUGCACAGCCCAUGCGACAGCUCAGCCCAGCAGAGCCCAGUUUCCUUCAGGUGCCAUCACGGCUGAAGUUGAUGGCAGGCAGGGCAAUGCUGGAAUGCUCUUCCUGGGACUCUCUUGCAGACACUGAAACUGCAGUAACUUUAGUCAGUAAUAAUGUCUGAGCAGUUGCCAGAGUUUGAACUUAAAUUUUGAAUGCUAGUGCUCCUUCUUACAGAUGCCUUGUGUGACCUUAGGGAGGCCUUUUAGUUCAUCAGUGUCUCUUGUCAAUGCUGUGAGAGUUAAAAAUAUGAAGUUCAUGAGUGGCACAGCUGUUCCAGGAAGGGGAACUAUUAAAGUGAGAGACAUUAUGCAUUAUGGUUAAUCCCAUGCAAAAUUGAAAUUAUCCAAAUAUGAAGUUCAUGAGUGGUACAGCUGUUUCACGGAGGAAAACUUGUAAAAUGAGAAACAUUAUUCAUUACAGUUAAUCCCAUGCAAAAUUUAAAUCAUUAGCCUUAAAAUUAUAAGAUUGGCUUACAGAGAAUUUCAAAAGGCUUGUUUGGGGUUCUCUUUUGUAUGUCUUCAGAGACUGGGUCUUUUAUGUGCACUCAAAGGACUGAAAAUACAUUAAAUAUAAAAAAAUAAACCAAACCAAAACAACACAAGAAAGGAGCUAUAAUGAGACCAUUUGGUACCUGAGACGUGAUUUCAUCUUUGCUGCUUCAGUGCCCCCAGCCCUGAAAUUUUUAGCUUGGGAGAAAACUGGGGCAAGAAAGAGGAAAGUCCCAGUCCUAUCUCAAGUCUAUUGGAAGAUGGUGGUGCUUUUGCUGAAUUCAAAUCCAGUCAUGGGUGUGUUAUGUUCGUCGCUGCCUUGCCUCCUCUGUUCUCACAUAGUAAGAUCUCUGUCUCUGCUCUCAUCACUGUGGUCAUCUUUUCCUCCCUAUGAUGCAAAUCCCAAUUACUUCCCAAAUUGUAAAUUUGGGAUUAAGAAGAUUACCAAAUAUUAAGAGCCCCAUGAUAACAAUAGACACAAAUGGUUCUAGCAUUAAAACCAAGUCCUUACAAAGUCCUUCUUUUCUUUGGUUUAUAUUUGUAAUCUUCUGGGCUCACACACAUUAACUCUGGACCACAACAAGGGCAUUACUUCCCUAAAUACUGUGUAGGAAAUGUGAAUGUUUUAUAUUAAUCUGCUUUGAUUGCUGGUGAAAAAUGAAUGACAUCUUAUUGCUCAUAAGAUUUGGAGCACUAUUGACACACUGGAGUGUCCAACAGAAUUCUAAGAAGAGGGCAGGUGUACAGUGCUGCAGCUUGGUGCAGCAGGGCCCAGGAGUGCUACAGUACCUCUAGGCACCUCUGUGCUCUGUGCACAAGGCCCGUUCUGUACAGACCUGAUUGCCCAGAAUUAUUUAGCACUGCAGAUAUGGCAAAUUAAAUGUUGUAACACAGCCUUGCACAUAGUCUGUCUUUUUGACUGUUGAAUCACUUGGCCACUACAUGAAGUAAAUAUUUAUUUUAUAAAUAUAUAUAUAUGGUACAUGGAGAGUUAGAUUAGAAAGAAGUUAGAGAAAUAAAACAAAUGUAACAUCCAGAACUGCAUUCUGCAAACUAUUCCCUAAAUUUGCCUAUUUAGUUCUAAACAUCUCAAGUGAUGAUACAAUUUAUUUUGAGAUAUACUUCCAGACUGUUAUUAUUUUCCUUGGCUGUUUUUCUUUUCUCAUUUAAUCCCAGCAAUGUUAGCCUGUAAACAGGAUAGUAAGCCAUGUAAAGCUAAUUCACUGUUACAAAUAAAAUGCUGUUUUGAAAGAGC